CGGGAGUGUGGAGCCUAGGGAUAGAUCUUAAGCGUCUGCUCAUCUCAUCUCAGAGAUACCCUAGCCCAGGGUGGAAACGACCAUCUGGAGGCCUGCGGUGUUGGCUGUGAGAAGCACUGGAUCUGGCUAGCGCUGGUGGCAUCGGUGCGCCCAGAGCCCCGGGUACCUGGGAGUAAACUCACCGCGGUGCCUAGCUGCCUGCUCCGAAGAACCGUAGACUGAAGCCCGCUGCUCAGCUCCCAAGAUGGUGCCACGCAAACUGCAUGUACUUUCCUGCCUCUUCUGCUGCCUCCCACUGGUGCGCCCUUUCCACUGGCAAGACCCACCUCCCUUUGACUUCGGGUCGUCAGCAUGGUUCCAUAAGAUACAAUCGGUGAUGUCUGCUGCUGGCCCUGGCCAUAGUCAUAUCCCCAAAGGAAAUGGAUCCUACCCUGUCGGCUGUACAGAUCUGAUGUUCGGGUAUGCUAAUGAGAGUGCCUUCUUGCGAUUGUAUUACCCAGCUCAAGAUCAAGACCACCUUGACACAGUUUGGAUCCCAAACAAAGAGUAUUUUUUUGGUCUUAGUAAAUUUAUUGGAACACCUCAAUUUGUAGGCAACAUUUUGCACUUCUUAUAUGGUUCAAAGACAACGCCUGCAAGCUGGAAUUCUCCUCUCAGGACUGGUGAAAAAUAUCCACUAAUUGUCUUUUCUCAUGGUCUUGGAGCCUUCAGAACAAUUUACUCUGCUAUUGGCAUUGGCCUGGCAUCUUAUGGGUUCAUAGUUGCUGCUGUAGAGCACAGAGACGGGUCUGCGUCAGCAUCUUACUAUUUUGAGGACCAGGCAGCAGCAAAAGCGGAAAACAGGACUUGGCUAUACCUGAAAAUGGUGAAACAGGAGGAGGCAGAGAAAGUUCGGAAACAGCAGGUGCGGCAAAGAGCGAAAGAAUGUUCCCAGGCUCUCAGUGCAAUUCUUGACAUUGGACAUGGAAGCCCGAAAGAGAACAUACUCGGUUCAGAUUUUGAUGUGAGACAGCUGAAGGAUGCUAUCGAUGGGGAUAAAAUAGCCGUGAUUGGACAUUCUUUUGGAGGAGCGACAGUUAUCCAUGCCCUUAGUGAAGAUCAGAGAUUCAAAUGUGGGGUCGCCCUUGAUCCGUGGAUGUUUCCGGUGAGUGAGGAGCUGUACUCCCAAAUCCCUCAGCCUCUCUUCUUCAUCAACUCUGCACAAUUCCAGUCUCCUAAAGACAUCAUGAAAAUGAAACGGUUCUACCAGCCUGGCAAGGAAAGGAAAAUGAUUGCCAUCAAGGGCUCAGUGCACCAGAAUUUUGCGGACUUUACUUUUGUAACUGGUAAAAUCAUUGGAACCAAGCUAACGUUAAAAGGAGAAAUAGACUCCUGUGUAGCCAUCGACCUCACCAACAAAGCUUCCUUAGCUUUCCUGCAGAGGCAUUUAGGGCUUCAUAAAGACUUCAAUCAGUGGGACUCUCUGGUGGAAGGAAAUGACAAGAAUCUGAUCCCUGGGCCACCCUCUGAUGUAGUCACCCUGUCCCCGACUCUGCAGAGCUCUCCAGGAUCACACACCCAGAAUUAGAAGAGCUGGUUACACAGUUUUCUUUUGAAAUUGAGAGUGACAGUGUGUGUGUGUGUGUGUGUGUGUGUGAGAGAGAGAGAGAGAGAGAGAGAGAGAGAGAGAUGCAGAUCUUAAUGUAUUUACCCAAAUGACCCAUUUUAAGUGUACACUGUACUAUGGAAUGAAUGGACUAAGGUUUUUUUUUCAUGUAAAUGUAAAGAACAUAAAGUAGAGCAUAUAAAAUCAUCACCAGUCUAGGUCAUGUUUUCACACAGCCGGUCCUUCAUGUCAAAUGAAAAGCUGCUUUCAUCUUAGACUUACAGAAAAGUCUAUUGAUGGGAACCAUGGCAGUGAAAAUCUGUUGUAAAUGACACAAGGGUUUCGAACUUACAAUAAAAACAGAUGAUCCUG